CGGGCGCCGCGGCAUGCCCGCGGCAUGCCCGCGGGGCUGGACGUCUCGGCGGCGACCUCGCGGGGGGCCCCGUGGACGCCCUCCGGGUGCUCGGGCGCCAGCCCCCCGACGCGGUGCUGGCCCGCUGCCGGGAGACGAUCUCGCGGCUCUGCAACAGCCUCGAGGACGAGCGCCGUCGGCGGCAGGAGCUGCAGCAGGGGGCGUCCUCCCACGAGGCCGCGCUGCGGGCCCUGCGCGGGGAGCUGGAGCGGGAGCGCGCCGCCGCGCAGCGGGCGAGGGCGGAGGCGGCGCAGAGGGCCCAUGAGCUGCAUGCGCUCCGCGUCCGCGCCUCGGACCUCGAGGCCAGGGCCACGGCGCAGGCGGCGCGCUCCGGCCAGCCGGCCGAGGAGCACCUGCAGGGCCGGCUGGCGCAGGAGUCGCGCGAGGAGGAGUGCUGCGCGCGCCUGGCCAGGCAGCGCGAGGGCCAGUGCGAGCUGCUGCGGCACGAGCUGGAGGGGGCUCGCGCCUCCCUCGCGGAGUCGGUGCUGGCGGCGGGGGCCCAAGGCGGCUCGCUGCCGCCGUGCGGCGCCUCCGCGCUCGCGGCGCCUGCGUCGGAGGGGGCCAGGGCCGCGGCGGACGUGGCCAGGCAGGCAGCGGCUCUCGCGCAGGAGCAACGCGGAAAUGUGGGCCAGGAAUUGCGGCAGGCCGAGACCCAGGCCGACCAGGCCAGGCGGGCGGCGGCUCUCGCGCAGGAGCAGUGUGGGGCCUUGGGCCAGGAGCUGCGGCAGGCCGAGGCCCAGGCCGACCAUGCCAGGCGGGCGGCGGCUCUCGCGCAGGAGCAGCGCGGGGCCUUGGGCCAGGAGCUGCGGCAUGCCAAGACCGAGGCCGACCGGGCCAGGCAGGCGGAGGCGCGCGCGGAAGCUCAGCGCGGGGCCUUGGGGCAGGAGCUGCGGCAGGCCGAGGCCCAGGCCGACCGGGCCAGGCAGGCGGAGGUGCGCGCGGAAGAGCAGCGCGGGGUGGGCGUCCUGUGGAGGGAGCUGCAGGAGGCGCGGGGCAGCCUGGCCGCGCAGGAGCGCGCCGCAAGAGCGCAGGAGGGGCUCGCUGAGGCGGCCCGCCGCGGCGCGCGGGAGCACGAGGAGCGCGCGAGGGGCGCCGAGCUGGAGUUGGAGAGCGCGCGGGCCGCCGUGGUCGAGGUCGCGCGGGGCGCCGGGGCCGACGCUUGCUCGCGCGUGGGCUCCAGCGGCGCCAGCGUCGCGGAGCUCCUUCAGAGGUGCGAGGUGGAGGCAGCCCGCGCCGCCCUCGCCCUGCAGCGCGCGGGAGAGUCGGAUCGCCAGCGCGCGGCGCUGCAGGCCGAGCUGGAGGCGGAGCGCCUCUCCGCCGUCGGCGCCGCCCAGGCGGCCGACGCCGCGGCCCGCGCGUCGCGGCUCGCGGCGGAGGAGCACGCGCUCGGCUGCGAAGCUCUGCGCCGGGAGCUGCACGCGGCGGAGGGCCAGAGGGACCGACAGGCGGGGGCCACAGGCUCUGAGGUCGCCGAGCUGCGGGAGAGCCGCGCGAGGCUCUCGGAGGAGGCGCUCCGGUUGCGGCGCUGCCUCGGCGCAGAGGAGGCCGCCGCGUGCCACGAGGCCACUCUGGCGAGCGGCAGCGAGCGGCGCCGCGAGACGCUGCACGCGGAGCUGGAGAGCAUCCGUGCCCUCGUGUCCGAGUCCAUCCUGAGCGUGGAGGGCGUCCAUCAGGAUAGGCUCUUGCGCGCGCAGGCGCGCUCCGACGCCCUCCUUGCGGCGUGCCGCAGCGGCGAGGCCGAGCUGCAGCGCGGCCUUGCGUCCGAGGCGGCGCGGGCCGAGGAGCUGUCCCGCGCGCUGGCCGCGCAGAGGGCCGAGCUGCAGCAGCGGGAGGCCGCGGAGGCGGCCAGGGCCGACGAGCUCUCUUCCGCGCUGUCCGCCGAGCUGCGGCGGCGCGCCGCGGAGGCGCAGCGGCACGCCCUGCAGCACGAGCGCCUGGAGGAGCGGCUGGCGCUCGCGGGCGCCCGGCACGAGGCCGCGCAGCAGCGGUGCGCGCAGCUGGGCCUCGAGCUCGGCGGGCGCGCCGGCGAGGUGGCCGCCGCAGAGGCGGCGCUGCGCGCCGCGGCGGCCGAGCUCGCCGAGGGCCGCGGCGCCGCAGCCGCGGCCGCCGAGGCCCACAGGCUCGCCGGGCGCCUGGGCCGGGAGCUGGCGGAGAGCGUGCGGCGCGAAAAGGCCGCCGAGGCGGCGCUGGAGCGGGCGCGCGCUGAGCUGGCCGCGGGCGGGCACGGCGCGGGGGCGUCCGACGAGCGGCUGCUUCCGCGGCAGCUGCGCGCUAGCGCUUGCCACGGCGAGCGCCCGGGGGAGGGGCUGCGGCGCGUGCCCGUGGAGCACGCGGGCGGAUGGCGGCAGGCGUGCGGGCAGAGGGCCGCAGAGCUCCUUCAGCACCUCUACGACAGACAGGAGUACGAGCGGAGGCUGAGGGAACUGAUCCAGCACGAGAUACAUGCGCAGCGCUUCGCGUGGACGCGGCUGGGCGGAGUGGAGUAA